AUGGAGGGACCAGGCGGAAGAAUACAAAUGUUUCCGCAAAUGAAAUUUCGUGUUUCGGGUCUGGAUGCCAAGGCUAAAUACAUACUGCUACUGGAUAUCGUUGCGGCGGAUGAUUAUCGUUAUAAAUUUCAUAAUAGUCGCUGGAUGGUCGCUGGUAAAGCGGAUCCUGAAAUGCCAAAACGCAUGUACAUCCAUCCAGAUUCGCCCACAACGGGUGAGCAAUGGAUGCAAAAAGUUGUUUCAUUUCACAAAUUAAAAUUGACCAACAAUAUUAGUGAUAAACAUGGAUUUGUAAGUACUACAAUACUGAACUCAAUGCAUAAGUAUCAGCCGCGCUUUCAUUUGGUGCGAGCCAACGAUAUCUUGAAGCUACCAUAUUCCACGUUUCGCACGUACGUGUUCAAGGAGACGGAGUUUAUUGCGGUGACUGCAUAUCAAAACGAGAAGAUUACUCAGCUGAAAAUUGACAACAAUCCCUUUGCGAAGGGCUUUCGUGAUACGGGUGCUGGCAAACGCGAAAAGAAUUGUUACAGGCAGGCGCUGAUGUCCAAUCGAGGGUCCGACUCGGACAAACUGAAUCCCACGCAUGUGAGCAGCUCGCGAGCACCGCUCCAUUUGGGGCAUGCAGGUCGGCCGCCACAUUUGCAUCCGGCGCACGCCGCGGCGCUGCUCGAUAAUCAGCAGGACGAUGACGAUAAGCUAUUGGAUGUGGUGGGGCCGCCGCAGAGCCCCCUGUUGCCAUUGAGCCACUCGCUGCAGCAGAUGCACGCGCACCAGCAUUCGGCACUGGCUGCCUGGUUCAAUCAUUUGGCUGGCGCUGGCGCCGGUGAGCAUGCGGCAGCGGCCAAUGCAGAGGACGCACUGCGUCGCCGUCUGCAGGCGGACGAUAUGGAGCGCGAUGGCAGCGAUUCGAGCUGUUCGGAGAGCGUCGGCGGCAGCACCGGCGGUGCCUUUCGUCCCACCUCAACGGGCAGUCCCAAAGAGGGCGUUGGCGGCGGUGCAGCUGCUGCGGCGGCGGCGGCAGCGGCCGGUCUUAAUGCGGCCGGCAGCUAUCCGUCGCCCAAUAUAUCUGUGGGACCACCAAUACACCCGUCGCCGCAUCUGUUGCCUUACCUCUAUCCGCACGGACUCUAUCCGCCGCCGCAUCUGGGUCUGCUGCACAAUCCGGCAGCAGCCGCUGCCAUGAAUCCCGCCGGCCUAAAUCCGGGCCUGCUGUUCAAUGCGCAGCUCGCGCUGGCUGCCCAGCAUCCGGCGCUGUUCGGGCACGCCUAUGCGGCCGCCGGACAUACGCCCGUCUCGCCGCUGCAGGGCCUGAAGAGCCAUCGCUUCUCGCCGUACAGCUUGCCGGGCAGCCUGGGCUCGGCCUUUGAUGCGGUGACGCCCGGCUCGAAUGCAAAUCGCAGCGGCGGCAAUGGCAGCGCCGAUGCAGCAGCGCCGCCCAAUCUGCUGCCCGCUGGCAGCGGCGGCCUGGGCCUGGACAACGGACCGCGCAGCCUGAGCUCCAGUCCGCGACCGCGCGCCUCUUCGCACUCGCCGCCAACGCGGCCCAUAUCAAUGUCGCCGACAACGCCGCCAUCGCUGCUGAAGCGGCAGGCGCAGCACUCGCCGUCGGAGCUCAAGAGCAUGGAGAAGAUGGUCAACGGCCUCGAGGUGCAGCACAAUGGCAGCGCUGCGGCAGCGGCGGCAGCAGCAGCAGCAGCGGCAGCGGCUGCCUCAUUGCUAUCGGAGGAAACGGCGCAACUGCAUCACACCCAGGCGCAUCACACACAUCCGCACACACAUCAUACGCACGGACAGACGCACGGACACGGGCAUCAUGCGGCGGCCGCAACGGAUCAGUGACAAUUACAGGACGGCCGCUCCGACUGCGAGGAGGGCGGCCCCGAUGCCGAUGACGAUGACGAUGACGAGCACGAUCGCAGCUCUGUCAUCGAUCUGGAUGUCGAUGUCUGACCGCAAACGGUGCAGCUGCAGCAGCUUUAGCUCGCGCCCAACAGCAGCAGCUGGGGCCCAGCAAUGGCCCGCGCUCCGGCCCUGGCCAGCGGCGGCAGUUAACCAACACUGCGCUUCAGUGUAAAUAGCGCCAGCGAUCUACAUUAGGCAUAUUUGUAGCAUAUAGCAUGUAGUACACACACACACACACCCAGACACACACUCACACACACACGCACCUAAUACCCAUAGAGCCUAGAGACGUUGCGGGUCGCUUUGCGUAUAGUUGUAAUCCGAUAUAUAUAUAUAAAUAUAUAUGUUUUUUUUUUGUGUGUAAUCGAUAUAAGAGACGCCUAGCCUGUAAAUUUUUUGUGAUGCGCAGGACCCGCCAGCUUUGAAAACCUAGUUUAAAGAGAGAGAGAGAGAGCGAGAAACAUAGUAGAAGAAAGCGAGGCGAGAGAGAGAGAGAGAGAUAGUUGUUUUCGUUUCCUUAAACGUUGCCCAGUGCUCUAGCAAUUAGUUCAAGCUUUUUGCAUUAUUCCCUCCCCCCACCACCCACAAUUACUAGCACUUAAGCAUAACAACUUUAUAUAUAUAUAUGUAUGUAACACACACACACACACACACGCAGACAUAUUUCUUCAUAGAUGAUAUUAAAAGAGAGCGAGCGAGAGGGAGCAGCAAGUAAAUCGCGCCCAGCGGCAGACAAAUUUAUAUGCACAUGUAUAUAUAUAUACAUCUGCUGAUAUCCAUAUAUAUAUAUAUUGAUAUUGUACGAUUGAAACAAAUUAGCAACAUCAAAGAUGG